GCAAAGUCACUUUUGUGUUUCUGGGAGCCAGUGAGGGAACCACGAAGGCGAAAAAACCAAGAUGGUAGCCCUUGCUGCCAGUGACUCUCAUGAGGCUGGAGCUGUUUGCUUAGAUCAAGAACAACAGUGGAAGCAGCGUCAGGGCUGGACGAAGUCAGGGACAGUUACAGAAACCUGGGUUCAUGGGAAUGAGGGUAAAAGGAAGCAGUCUGUUUGGGUAGGGUGGCCUUUAAGUAGAGAGCUGCCAGGUAUCUUGCAGCUGCGUGGGCCAAGGAUUCCCCUGGGUCUGUCUGACUGUGGCUCUCCCAGCCCUUUCUAGCCCAGACUCUUUGCUGCCUUGUUUUGAAUCAGUUUUACAGCAUCAAAGGUACGAUAAGACAUUUUGUUUCGUAACUUCGUCGAAGUCUGCCAGUUGAAUGGGGCCAAUUUUCAGAUAAGCGGGGGUGCUAAUUACUAGCCCUGUCCAAAUCUGGAGAAACUUUUAGAGCUUUUCAAAACCCAUUCAGAUUAUAGGCCUCAUUUAAGCUGCUCAAGCGGAAAUUACAGUAGUGAUUUCGAACACAUAGAUGCAGAGGCCUCAAAGCUUGAUAGUCUGAAACAUCUAGCCGUAGAAAUGUUAUUGUUUCUAACAGAAGUUGGAUUGUUCCUAACAAAUGUGGUUUACUUUUACGUUCACAAUACCACUUGACAUCAUUUAAAAAAAAAAAAAAAAGACAUUAGAAAGCUGUCUUGGAAUGGCCAAAUGUUUUGCAUGCCCAGUGCUAACUACAGCAGCAGGGCUUGGAAGGUGGUAGGAGAGAGAUUUUCACUUAAAAAUUGUCAGCCGAUGCAGACUCUGCCACAUUUUGCCAGGCACUCGGGCAGAUGUAAAGCAGAGUAAGAUAUAGCCCUGUUCUGGACGCAUCUGCUCAGAGUCUGGAGGAGGAGACCUCCGGGCUAAAAGAAUCUAGAAGAGAGACAGGUGUAUUUAAACACUCUUCCCACGUGUGAGCAAGCAGCUGCUACCGGGGCUCAGAUUUUCAGAGUGCAUGUUAGCACUUUGCGAGAGUUAAGUCUCCCCGCAGCCUUUGCCAGACCAUGGGUCUGGGUCGGAGGGGUUAGUUUUUAGCAGACAUUUAUCUAGGUAAUUAGUUCAGGGAUCCAGCCAGCUCACCUUUCAGCCCCAAACACUGUGGUAAAGACAUUACUUUGAGCUUCUCUCUAUUGAAUUGCUUUGGUCCCUCCCACCCUCUUUUAUCUAAGCCUCCUGGCAUUUGUGUAGCUUGAACAGUCAUGAAUAAAAGAGCUCAGCUCCUUUAGAGUUAGCCCCUGAAGUGGGCCAGCCAAGAGGCUUCAGAUUGCCUUCUGGUCCCCAGUUUUGAUUUCCUCUUGCAUAUGGUUGAGCUGGCAACAACACUCCAAUGGUGGGGUGCAUGAUUUUUGGGGGGGGAGCUUUGAGAGCCAGCCACCUGGCUGAUUACCUCUGGCUGGUUAGGAAAGAAAACCCAUGGCUUUAAAAAACAUACCAUCGAGUAUUUGCUCCCGGUGCAUACCCUUGCAUUAGAUGUGGUCUCAUGUAAAAGUUCCUCCUACCCCCUUCUAUUUUCAAUUGUGGCAGAGAAAGGUAACAUAAUUGUCUGUUGGCCCUGGACACCCCCCUCUUAGUUCUCAAACAUCUUUCAGAAAUUGGGGUUAUCUGGGCUUUGUGAAAGGAGGUUUUUCCACAGCUCAUUCAGCAUUGUUCAAGGCUGUAACACAUCACUGAACAAAUUGCCCCCUUGCAUAUGCUAAUCCCACACUUAAAAGAACUCAUUGUAACAUGUUCUGAUGCUGUAGUCCAAGGGGAGAUGGGAAUUGAAGGGAUGUCAGAGCAUGUCAUGUGACCCCAAAAUAUCUAAAAUGCCUGUUUUCUUUGGGUCAACAGUUUGUACUCAGCAUAUGCGAAUGAAAGUAUCCUGUGUGGUUUGUGGAAAAGAUUAGUCCUUGUUCCUGCUUUUGUGUGUGGGAGCUGGCCUCGCUAUUGAAGAUUCACUGGCUGACAUUCCCGCUUCGGGUCUUAAAUUUCAGUGCUAUUGGCAAGGAACACCAACCCUUAUUUUCAACAAUAAAUUAAAAGAAUUUCAAAAGAGUUCCUUCAUUGUUGCUGUGGAAAAUGUGAUUUGCCUUUUGGAAAACCAUGCUGUUAAUCCCACCGCGUCCUUUGUGUCUUUUUAGAGUGGUAUACAUUGACUCUUACAGUUAAAGAAUCUGUCUAAUAGAGUAAUCUCAAGAUUUGCUCACAGGCCCAGCCAGGAAGUCGCAGGGGGAAAGAAUAAAAACACAUGCACGUACACCACAGCUAGCCCCUAUUUCUCUCACUGUAAAUAGAACAGAAGCACAUUCUGAAUGAGGCCUGAAGGAUCCACCAGGCUUUGGAUGGUUCGAUUGCAAAGUCAGGGUCCCCCUUUUAAGUGCAUAAACCUCUAUGAAUGUUUGCCAUCAAAGCCUUUAGGUGAGAUGAAUUAAAUGGAAUGAAAGGCUGUGUAGGUAUCACCUUUCUGAAAUGUUCUCACAUCCAGGUUAGGUUUUUAUGUGUACAAAGAGGCUUGGGAAGAAAUCUUUGAUUAAUUUUUUUUUUGUCUUGCAGAGUAAUUCCCUCCUGGUCCCAGACAGUCUAAGAGGCACAGAUAAACGCAGAAAUGGGCCUGAGUUUUCCAACGACAUCAAGAAGAGGAAGGUGGAUGAUAAGGACUCCAGCCAUUAUGACAGUGAUGGUGACAAAAGUGAUGACAACUUAGUUGUGGAUGUUUCUAAUGAGGACCCUUCUUCUCCACGAGCAAGUCCCGCCCAUUCGCCCCGGGAAAACGGAAUCGACAAAAACCGCCUGCUAAAGAAAGAUGCUUCUAGCAGUCCAGCUUCCACGGCCUCCUCAGGAAGUUCCACUUCUUUGAAAUCCAAAGAAAUGAGCUUGCAUGAAAAAGCCAGCACGCCUGUUCUGAAAUCCAGCACACCAACGCCGAGGAGCGACAUGCCAACGCCGGGCACCAGCGCCACUCCAGGACUGCGUCCAGGCCUCGGCAAGCCUCCAGCCGUGGACCCCCUCGUUAACCAAGCGGGAUUGGGUUUUCAUUUGGAAUUGGUACCAGGGAAUGGAAAGUUCGGACUGAAGGAGAAAUCUUGGAUUUUAUCAAGAAAAUCUUCUUUUGAGAUUAAGUCAGCAGCUGGUUUGAGGACGCCCCUGGCAGUGCCCGGCCCGUACCCUGCUCCCUUCGGGAUGGUCCCCCACGCGGGCAUGAACGGCGAGCUGACCAGCCCCGGCGCCGCCUACGCCAGUUUACACAACAUGUCUCCCCAGAUGAGCGCGGCGGCCGCCGCGGCCGCGGUGGUGGCCUACGGGCGCUCCCCGAUGGUAGGGUUUGACCCUCCGCCUCACAUGAGAGUGCCUGCCAUCCCUCCAAACCUGGCAGGGAUCCCUGGGGGGAAGCCAGCGUACUCCUUCCACGUGACCGCAGACGGCCAGAUGCAGCCUGUCCCCUUUCCCCCUGACGCCCUCAUCGGACCUGGCAUCCCCCGCCACGCUCGCCAGAUCAACACGCUCAACCACGGGGAGGUGGUGUGUGCGGUGACCAUCAGCAACCCCACGAGACACGUGUACACGGGCGGGAAGGGCUGCGUCAAGGUCUGGGACAUCAGCCACCCUGGCAAUAAGAGUCCUGUCUCUCAGCUCGACUGUCUGAACAGGGAUAACUACAUCCGUUCCUGUAAAUUACUACCUGAUGGCUGCACUCUCAUCGUUGGCGGGGAGGCCAGCACUCUGUCCAUCUGGGACCUGGCCGCUCCGACCCCGCGCAUCAAGGCAGAGCUGACGUCCUCGGCCCCCGCCUGCUACGCCCUGGCCAUCAGCCCCGACUCCAAGGUCUGCUUCUCGUGCUGCAGCGACGGCAACAUCGCCGUGUGGGAUCUGCACAACCAGACGCUGGUGAGGCAAUUCCAGGGCCACACAGACGGAGCCAGCUGUAUUGACAUUUCUAAUGAUGGCACCAAGCUCUGGACGGGCGGUUUGGACAACACUGUCAGGUCCUGGGACCUGCGCGAGGGACGGCAGCUGCAGCAGCACGACUUCACCUCCCAGAUCUUCUCCCUGGGCUACUGCCCCACCGGGGAGUGGCUGGCCGUGGGCAUGGAGAGCAGCAACGUGGAGGUGCUGCAUGUGAACAAGCCCGACAAGUACCAGCUGCACCUGCACGAGAGCUGUGUGCUGUCCCUAAAAUUCGCGUAUUGUGGUAAAUGGUUUGUGAGUACUGGAAAAGAUAACCUCCUCAAUGCUUGGCGGACCCCCUAUGGAGCCAGUAUAUUCCAGUCCAAAGAGUCCUCAUCAGUGCUAAGCUGUGACAUCUCUGUGGAUGAUAAGUACAUAGUCACUGGCUCCGGGGACAAGAAGGCUACAGUCUAUGAAGUCAUCUACUGAAAACAUUAUGUGGUUUAACAUUUAUAGUUGAAUUGGGCCAAAAUGUUUUGAAUUUGUAGAAAUAGAAAAGUUGUAACUUUAAAAGAAAAAAAAAAAAACAUACAAAAACCUGUUUCCAAACUUUGACACAAAACAACUACUUUGAGUCUACAAAGAGGAGUGGACGAGUCCAUCAGCGGAAGGUCACCUGUCAACCUAGACCAGAUGGAGCACCGAGGCCAAGUGGACAGAGGGCCAAGGGUUGUGGGAUUGAGGGACAGCAUCUGCUGGCCCGGGUCAGAGCCCGUUCUUUCUGGGUGAGCUGUCGAUCGCGCCUUGCCCGAGAGCGGGAUUACCUUUCUGUUCCUUGCAGUUCGCCUCACGUCCCGUCCUUUGUAGAACAGUGGUGUCUCCAGUGAACUUGUUUCCUGGUUUUGCAUCUUGUGAAAUGUUCUUUUGUAUUUUUGUUGAAGGUUAAGCAUUUGUAUAAAUUGUAAAUAUAUUUGGUUUAUUACAGUAAAGGCUUUAGUACCAAUAA